AUGCUUUUCAACAGUCUUUUGGCGGCUGCCGCUUUGGCCAGCACCGCUUUCGCGGCCCCAGCUGAGGAACGUCAAACGUCCGCGCGCAAGAUGAAGUGGUUUGGUAUCAAUGAGUCUGGUGCGGAGUUUGGUGAGAAGAACUUCACAGGUGUCUACGGAAAGGAGUACACAUGGUACGAUCUGAACACAAUCGACAAGUUCAUGGCAGAAGGGAUGAACAUGUUCCGUUUGAACUUCCUAAUGGAGCGCCUAACUCCCAACUCCCUCACGGCCGAGUUUGACCCUCUUUACCUAGGCAACCUGACCCAACAAGUAAACCACAUCACCUCGAAAGGCUCCUACGCCAUGAUCCAACCGCACAACUACGGUCGCUUUCUCGGCAAUAUUAUCACCGAUACAGCCGCCUUCAAGACGUGGUGGACAAACGUCGCCGCAGAAUACAAAGACAACGAACUCGUCGUCUUCGACACAAACAACGAAUACCACGACAUGGACCAACAGCUCGUCUUCGAUCUCAACCAAGCUGCCAUCGAUGGUGUACGUGCAGCCGGUGCAACCAAACAAUACAUUACCCCUGAGGGAAACAGCUGGACUGGUGCAUGGACAUGGAUUAGCUCUGGCAACGGUGCUAGUCUGGUCAACUUGAAGGACCCGCAGAACAAGCUUGUUUACCAAAUGCACCAGUACCUCGAUACCGAUGGGUCUGGUACCUCUGCCAACUGCGUCAGCACUACGAUUUUCAAGGAGAGGCUUCAGGCGGCGACCAAGUGGCUCAAGGAUAACAAGAAGCAAGGUCUUAUCGGCGAGUUUGCGGGUGGCAACAAUGCGCAGUGUAUCUCUGCGCUGCAGGAUGGACUGAAGUACAUGGGUGCUAACAGUGAUGUUUGGCUUGGAGGUAUUUGGUGGGCUGCUGGUCCAUGGUGGGGUGAUUACAUUUACAACAUGGAGCCCACCGCUGGUGUGGCUUGGACGGGGAUCUUGCCGAAGAUCAAGAGCUACUUCUUGUAG